AUAUAGGUAACUCUCAUCAUUCACCAUCACAGGGAACCAAGUCAAUCCUCGAGAAACGAAUUGCAGAGCGACCAUCUUCCCUUGUGAAUGCAUGCUUCUGUGAGGUUUAUCGACCUUUUCUAUACUGCUGUUCUUGUGUUUACUUCUCGACCCAGUUUCAUGUUAAAUCUGUUGUGGUUGUUGAGUGAGUUUCAUGGACUCGACUGAAGUUUAGCUGCUCCUGUUGUUCACCAUGAUGAAGAAGAUGAGCUUGUGGUGCCUGUGUGGGAUGAAGGUUCUGGCUCCAACACUCCUCCUCAUCAUGUUUCUAACAGUAGCUCUGACAGUUCAGCAAUCUCUUCCUCCUCCCUAAUAUCUCCACCUCCUCAACCUGUUUCCCCACAUUUCCGAGGUGAUGAGUUUGGUGCGGGUCGUCAGCCUUCCAGGUUUGAAGAUUCAAGUUCCUCUUCUAUGCAUCAUUCUCCAGGUUCCUCCUCUGUUCAUCGAGCUAAAGGGAAAGCAAGGUAUGAGAUAUGUGAAUGUUCUACUCGUAAGAAAGGAAAAAGGAUUGAUCUUAACUCUGAGAGAAACAUUAGACAGUGUUGUAAAGACAAGGGGGUUCCGUUUUACCCAGUGGAUGGUCAACUUCCCUAGUUUGUUUUCAGACACUUAACACAAUCAGAGCAUAAUUUACCCUUAUGCUCUGGUUUCUACUGCUUUUUGGGUUUUGGUGAUUCAAGGUUUGUUAUGUUCGAGAAUGCAUUUUCGUAUGACGUUUCAUGUUUUUGACCAGGAGAGGUGUGAUGUGUACAUGAAAGGCUCUGUUACAUUCAGAGAAUAGCUAAUGGAGAAUACUUGUCUCGUGUUACUGAAAUAGUAUUAUGCAGGUCAGUUGUCUUUUUCCUGUCUGAAUCUUUCUUUCUUGUUUUGGUUAAGGGUUGUACAAUGUUUUGUACAAAGGCAGUGCCUCUAAUAAAACAUUCAGAGAAUU